CUUUAUCGGGUUGCCAUAACACGUUUAAAGCACAUUCAAAUCUAGAGCACCUUUUGUCACUUUUCGAGUCCAAAAAGCGGAGAGAUUCCAACACUUAUGUCAUUUCCUCAAUACUCACCAGUGUCAACAAACCAAAGAGGAAGUGGAGGCAAAAUUUCUCAUGUACCAAAAUACUCCCUAGAAUGCACACCAUCACGGCAUCCAACAAUUUAAAACACAAUGAGUAGAAAUCAUGCACUGAGAAAUGUGUUUGGAACCCUCAAAUUUGAAAUUUUGGGCAUAUAAUCUUGGUUCCAAACACUCUUAAUUUAGGCAACAAAAAAAAAUCACUCAUUCAUCCAUGUGUGCUUAGAGCCUUCAAAUUUGAGAUUUUGGGCAAAAAUCAAGGCUCCGCACACUCAAGAGUUAGGCCAAGCAUUCAUUCACUCACACUCAAUCACACGCCAUUUCACAAGCAUACAUUCAAACACCUUCUAUUCUGAUAAUAUGGUUUGGUUAAUUUGGAUAAUUGGUUUGGUUAACUCUUUAGCUUGUUUGGUUUAGUUGGUUUGGUUUGGUUGCAGACCCUUCUAACCAAUGAAACCAAUUAACCAAUUAGUCAUAUAUUUAACGUAUUAUAUACUCAUACUUAAUACUUUGCAUAAUCAUUUAAGAGUCAAUCGUUCCUCCCUUUUGGACCUAUCAACAAAAUAAAACUCAUUAUUGUUCAUAUAAUAUAUUUGUUCUUAUAGAUUGUAGACAACAGUAUAUGACACCUAACUUAGAUAAAUCUCAUACAUUAUGUUUAAUGAAAAGUUGAAAGGGAAAGUUUUUUUAUCCUCUGAUAAUGGGUAAAUUGCAAGGUUGGUCAUUGAGAGUGCUAAAAAGUUCACAUUUGGUCACUAAUAGUAUUUUAUUCCAUUCGUGGUCACUGAAAGUGGUUAAAUAUUUCACGUUUCACUCUAUGUUACUCUUCAUCACCCUCCGUUAACACCAUCAAUAUUUUGCUUACGUGGCUAACAGAAGUGCCUAAUCAGCCAAAUUUAACCUGCGACAUCAUCAUAGAAUAAAACCCCCAACCCGCCCGUUCAAAAAUCCUAACCAAAGCCCAACACCAUAACCCAACCUUCUUUUUUGACUCGCCUGACCUAAAAAUUGAGUCAAUCAACAACUAUGCUUUCUUCAUCGGGGCGAAAGAAGAGGCACAUGAGGUGAAGGAAACGAGAUUGCGAUGAAGAUGAAGGAUGGGCUGUGUUGGUGGAGAUCAUAUAAUACUCUCCUUGAUUGCAACCGGAGCUGGUGCCGGGAUUCACCCCACACUCCGAUGCCACUUGCAUCACCAUUCUCAGCCAAGUCAACGACGUCGAGGGUUUGCAGGUCAGACGAGAGGAUGCAGAGGAGGAAUCUCUACCGUCCCGCUGACACCGCCAUCCGUACCGCCGCCGCUUUUCUAGUAUUAUCAAUUUCCCUGUCCAUCGCUGAAAGCAAAAACCCUGCACUGAGCGUUCUUAUAUGCCAUUUGAUACCCUCCAAAGUGAGAAGCAAGUAAACUAGUGACUAAGAUUGCAAAAAACAAAACCUUGUCCGAUCUAAACUUUCACUUUCAACAGAAAUCCCCUCCCAGUCAAAUUGAAUCCUAAAACCCCCCACCCCUUAUGAAAAUCUAGAAAACAAAACCCUAAAUCACAAAGCCCAGCCACCGAACCAACGAACCACACCAACCUCGUCGAAAUACAGCACCCUUAUGGAUUUAAAACCCACAGUCGGCUUCUUUAUCAUCUCGUUGGGUGGGUUCUUGCGGCGGCCCCCAACUCGUACCCAAGCGCUGAUACCAAUCCCUAAUGCCCAAUGUGAGAGGAACAACUAAGCAUUGGUUGGCGUUGUAUGCAAACGUUAGUGGGUUCUAUCUUGUGUCUCUACCUAGUCGAAGAAUUCUGGAACACAGACAGGGAGAUGGGGAAAAGGGGGUCACGAGUUCUAUCUUGAAGCAGUGACAGGGAAGAAUUUUGGGUAGGAAAAGGGGUCCAUGGGUUUGAUUGGUCAAAAGAGAAAGGUUGGGUUAUGGGUAGGGCUUGGAUUAGGAUUUCUGAUGUGGCGGGUCGGAAAUUAUGAUGUGGCAGGUUAAAUUAGGCUGAUUAGGCACUUCUGUUAGCCACGUCAGCAAAAAAACUAACGGUAUUAACAAAGGUUGACGGAACUAACAAAGAAUGAUCAAACAUGAAACGUUUAACCACUUUGAGUGACUAUUAACGGAAUAAAAUACUUUUAGUGACCAAAUACGAAUUUUUAGUACUUUCAGUGACCAUCCUUGCAAUUUACCCCUAUGAUAAUUCUAAAAGACUAAGACAAUUCACACAAACACACUCAAUUAUUUCACCUCAUACUCUUAGCAUAGGUUAUUGCAAGGUGGCUAUUUUUAAUGACUCUAAAAUAAUUUUGUUAGGUGCAUGUAUUCAUGUUAAGAGUUAACAUGUGUUGAUUGUUAUGCUUAAUUAAUUAUAUAAAUUAUGUAUUGAUGCAUUAAUAGAAGAUUUUUUCUCAUGUAAUAUAGUGUUAUCUUAUAUUGUUAAUCCGGUUAACCAAUUAAUCAAACCGAUUAAACUUAGUUUUGUUAAUUUGGUUGUUGCAUUAGUUUGGUCGGUUUGGCUAUAAUAUUUUAUUUCACGGUUAAUAGAAUUUAGGUUUAUUUGGUUUGGUAAUUACCACGGUAACCAUUUGAAGACCCCUAGCUAGUUUUGUAUUUGAAUUUAUUUUUAGCGUAAAUUCAAUAUAUUAGCGAGAAAUAUUAAGCAGCGGGAAAUUAUAGCCACAACUAUCGAAAUACAAAAAAUAGUUAUGGCUACUAUAUUGUAUUUGCCCUUUUUUUCAGUUGUAAAAUUAUUAAUCAAAAGUCAUCUGAUGUGGUCGGUGACGUGGCAUCUCCGUUACAAAACUAAUGGCGUUAACAAAUUGUUAGCCAUAUUUUGAUUUGCUACAAUAGUUGUGGCUAAUAAUUUGUAUAUUGAUAGUUGUGGCUAUAAUUUCUCGCUGCUUAAUAGUUAUGGCUAAUAUAUUGUAGGGUAAUGUCUAUUUUUUAUCCAAACCUUUUUUAGAUUCUUUUAUAUUAUUCAAACCUAUUAAAAUGCUAUUAAUUAACCAAAUUUUUCGUAAUGCAUCAAAAUAUUAGCCAUUUUUACGUUAUCGUUAAUAAUUUUGUAACUGUUUUCUUAGUUAAAAUACUAAAAUUUUGCAAUGUUG